UGGUAUCGUCCGCUCCCCGGAAACGCCGGCGACGAGCGAGUGCCCGGUGGAAGGAGAGCGAGAGGCAGGUGGAGCUGAAUUGUCCGGCGCAGGGUGGGAGAGCUGAACCAAAGAACAACCCGCAGCAGCUGGCAGCACAGCAACAGAAACCCUGGACAAGCUCAAUCUCUUAGAUUUGAAUGGACAGGGCAGCCAGAAAUACACAGCCCAGCUAGUGAAGACCGUUAAAGGUUCAGUGAUGCCGGUGAAGAAGAAGAGAAAGCUCCCUGACGCGGAUGAUAAUGAACGCAAGUGCAAAAUUACCAGCUUCACCCGACCUCAGAUCCGUGGCGCGAGGCCGAUCAGCAGUGAGAAACUGUUCUCCAGUAAGAAGUGCCUGGCCUGGUUCCACGAGUACGCUGGCCCCGACAAGGUGGUCGGUCCCGACGCCAUGGAGAAGUUCUGUGAAGACGUUGGUGUGGAACCAGAGAAUAUUAUCAUGUUAGUUUUAGCCUGGCAUCUAGAAGCAGCAAGUAUGGGGUUCUUUACAAAAGAGGAGUGGCUCAGGGGAAUGACGUUAUUACAGUGUGACUGUAUGGAGAGGUUACAGAGCAAACUGGACUACCUGCGGAGUGAGCUCAACGACUCUGUAGCCUUCAAAAACAUCUACAGAUAUGCCUUCGACUUCUCCAGAGAUAAGGACCAGAGGAGUUUGGACAUGGACACGGCAAAAUCCAUGCUGGCUUUACUGCUGGGGAGAACGUGGCCACUCUUCCCGGUCUUCCACCAAUUCCUGGAGCAGUCCAAGUACAAGGGGAUGAAUAAAGACCAGUGGUAUAACGUUCUGGAGUUCAGCAGGACCAUCAACGUAGACCUCAGCAACUACGAUGAAGAUGGAGCUUGGCCAGUGCUGCUGGACGAGUUUGUGGAAUGGCAGAAAACGUGGUCAGCAUCGUAGCGGACAACUUCAAGACACCAAAAAAGGAGAGAAGAGGGAGAGAAAACAAAAAAACCACAGACCCCGGAGGAAUCUAUUGUGGAAGGAAAAGCAACAGAACUCACCAACACACACUCACACACACACACACACACAUACACACACACACACACACACACACACACACGGACUACAGAAUCAUCCCUGUGGACUCAGAGAUCGUCUCUGUGCAUCGUUGUCAAGAGGCCUUUCUCUCGCCGAGUAGACUUUUUUUUUUUUAUAGUGUUGAUUUGGAGAAGAGCAACGUGGGGAAAAGUUCCUGAAAUAAGAAAACAAACAAAACGGAAAAAAAACGAACUGAGAGAAGAGCUGUUGAAUUAGUUUUCUUGACAAUUAUCAUUUAUUCCCCCCAUUUUGUGUCUUGUUUAUAGAUGUUUUCACAAUAAUAAAAAGGAAAUGGAAGUGUCA